CUCUAAGCGAGGGUGUCAGGGUUCAGAUGCCCGAAAAUUAGUCACUGACAGUUCCGCGGGAAUCACAGCGCCAUCGCUGGUCUCACCAACGUCGACGCAAUCCUCAACAGCAGCAUCACCACCCCAGCCUGCAGCCACUUGACCUCUAACUCGGAUUAUCCCGACAGGUAUUCACAUACCCCUAUUCCGCGAUGGGCGGAAGCAAAGCUAUUGUUUUGUUCGCCCUCCUCUGCGGACACGCACUCGCGACCAACCCGGCCGGGAAGAAGUUCCUGGAGGAGAAGUCAAAGGAUGAGGGCGUCAUCACACUCAAGUCUGGCCUGAUGUACAAGGUACUCAAGACUGGCCAUGGAAAGCGCCACCCCGGCAUCGAUACCCCGUGCUCGUGCCACUACAAGGGAACCCUCAUCGACGGCACGAAGUUCGAUUCCUCGUACGACAGGGGUAAGCCCACCACUUUCGCGCCCAUGCAGGUGAUCAAGGGCUGGACAGAGGCAAUGCAGUUGAUGGUCGAGGGCGACAAGUGGGAGAUGUACAUCCCCUCAGAGCUGGCGUACGGCGAACGUGGCGCUGGAGGCGUGAUUCCCGGGGGUGCCGCGCUCGUCUUUGAGAUGGAGAUCAUCAAGAUCGAUGCUGAUGACAAUGCAGAGGCCUGAGGCGCGCUCGGGUUUUCCGAGCUCCGUUCCUUAAUCUGCUCUGUCCCCGUCAGAAGAUAACCAAGACGUAUCGUGCGCCGCAGCUUUUCCAGAAGCAGCGGGUGGAAUGGUCUACGUGUGUUGCCCCACGCGGCUUUCAUAAAAUG